AUGAGGCAUGCUAGGUACGACGACCAUCACCAAAGAUGGAACGAUAGAAGGCUAGAGUUCAGGUCAGUUGAGCCCCGUUACCAACCCACUCCACGCAAUCUAAACAAGGUUAAAAGACCAUAUGAUUGCCCGCCAGUUAGAAUCGACAACAGACCAUCCGAGUCGAGCCAAUACAAAGUUUCGGAGUACAACCUUAACGUUAAACCAACCCAGGUUGUGGCAAUCAUGAAAGGGAUGGGACCUACCGUUAAGUGGCCGAACAAGCUCAAUCUCGAAGCGAGGAGGGACACGACUAAGUGGUGCGAAUUCCAUGGUGACCAUGGUCAUAACACCGCGAAUUGCAUCGCCCUACGGUUGGAGGUUGCAACACUAUUGAAGAAGGGAUAUCUCCGAGAUCUGUUAACGGAUAGAGGGAAAAAUAUAAUCAACCAGAGGAGCUCGAAGGAAACAUCUCCGUCUCCACGAGAACCAACACCAAAAGGGCUCUGCUCAAUUAUUUUUGGAAGGUCGGAGAUCAGUGGGGUCAACUAUUCCUCGGCCAAGCGCUACGCCCGGGCCAACCAUCACCAUGAAGUCCAAUCCAUCCAUCCGUCCCCUUGGUCACACACCAACCAGGUAAUUCAGUUUGAAGAUGAUGAGUCAAUCACCUUGGCCGCCCUUCAUCACAAUGCUCUAGUUGUUUCCCUCCAGAUCACCAACAUCCUGGUCAAAAGAGUAUUCAUAGACGGGGGUUCCUCGGCAAACAUCCUCUUCCUUGAAGCAAUGAAGGCCAUGGGAUAG